UCAUGAGAAUCGUUAUUGUUAUUUCUUUUUUCUAAACCGAGGGCCUGUCUAUUAAACACUAGAGUGCAGCCAGGGGACACUGGAGCCCCAGUGCAUCUCUACUGGUAGUCCCCCGCCAUAAAUUUUCCAACAAUAGCCCCCAAAAACCAGCUUUUCGAAAGGAACUUAAUGUGCGAAAGCUGUAGACCACUCCUGCGCUCGUUCAAGCAAAUUUCCAAUAAUUACUGACUUUAAGGAAGGUUACUCGUAAGUUGGUUAACAUAGUAGCAGUAGCAGGAAGAAUAGCAGGUAAGGUUGGUGGCCAAGGGGCCCUAGUCAAGCCCGCUAUUCUUAUAUGCCCUUGUCGUCUGUUUUCACCCCCAAUAUAACCAACUGUCAAGUACUUCAGGGUCUAUGCCUCGGUCCAGGGAGACAAGACAGAUGCCCCAAUAGACAGACAGGAAUUGUUGAAAGACAUAUCUAAUUGGCUCAGAAGGGUAUCUAAGGUUCCUAGGUACAGCGGAGCUUGGUUAUCGAGUACCUAGUGCAUCCGUUGGUGUAGACCAUACAGCCCAUAUCCCAUACGACUACACCGAUUUCAUUCCAGCUUUCUCCCUUCGAGUCCCAGACACUAUGACCACCGCCGCAGCAGCCGAGGCAAGACCUCUCUCUUUCAUGGAGACGCUUGAUCCGCUAGUCUCCUUCUACCGGCCUUCAGACGCCUCAAGCUCUGGCUUGAGCGGUAGCGUAGAUCACCAGCCGCGACUCAUUAUCGUCGCCAGUUGGACUGGCGCCAGAGAUGUCCACAUCGCAAAGUACAUAGCCAGAUAUACGGCUCUGUAUCCUGCGGCUCAGAUCCUGCUUCUCAAGAGCACCACAAGCCACAUUAUGCGCCCAUCGCUGAUCGGCCCCUCAAUGAAGCACGCUGCUUCCGUCAUUCGCGCCGCUUUCCAGACGCCGCCAUCAUCGUCUUCGCCAGAUCUUCUCAUCCACAUGUUCUCCAAUGGCGGCUCCUCCAGCAUCGCGAAUCUAUACGAACAGUAUGCUGCCUUAGCUGGUCCUAAUGAUGAUAAGCGCCUCCCUUUACACGUUACUAUCUUCGAUUCGUGCCCGGGCACCUAUAGCAUCUCUCGUGCUGUGGUUUUCUUCAGUGUCAGCCUUUCACCAUUCCAACAGUUGAUCUCUGCGCCGAUCUUCUAUGCUUGGGCCACUUUGUGGUCUGUCUCCAUAGCCCUAGGUCUCACGCCUGACUGGUUAAGCAACUGGGGAAAGACACAUAAUGACACGGGUAAUGUGGCUGAGAUGCGGCGGGUGUACAUUUACAGUCCCAGCGAUGCAUUGAUUGACUAUAAGGUUGUUGAAGCACAUGCGGCGGAGGCUCAGACGAAGGGUUUCUCUGUUGCAUUAGAGAGGUAUGAAGGUUCGGCACAUGUCGCACAUGUGCGGAAAGAUGUGACUCGGUACUGGAAGAUUGUUGAGAGACUCAUGGAAGGCUCUGAGAUAUCUGCUUAGUGGUAAAGAGGUGAUGGGUUCCUUGCGUAAUUCUGUUGCGACUUUGCGGACCUGACUGAUUGCCCAAAACCUGUCUAAGCACGUUGCUAGAUUUCAUAGUUCAGUUCUACUAAUAAUCAUUUCAUCUACUGCGCCGGUGAGUUCAUUGCACCGUGUUUCCAUAAUACAGAUCACGCCCUGCACACUCGACCUCUUCGCAGGAGUACCUGAUGAGGGGAUGAGACGGUCGCUUCUAUUGCUGAGCGUGAUAUUAUCAGCUUAUUGAGGAUUGCUGCAGGAGUUGUCGGGACCUAACGUGGGUUCAGAGUAAGGUGGAAUAAAUUGUCUUGUAAGAUGAUAUCCAUGUGAGGCUUCAGCUGACUAUAUAAUGUCAGUCAUAUCAUCAACCUUCGCAGCAUAAUCACCAUCGAAGAUCAUGAUGAAGUAGGAAGAAACAAUCUCAUAUUGAGCUGUUAGUCAGUUUCACAUUUGCUCCUAAUCUAAAGCCAGGGGGUAUCGUGGCUAUGGUGAUGAUGGGGAAACUGGGUGAAAUGAAAUCGCACCACGCCAUAUCCUCGAAAAUAAGCGAGGUAUAGAAUGCCCAAAGGACAUCACCCGCAACGGUAUAAAUCUUCCCCUCUUCCCCCUCUCCCCAUUUUCAACUAUGGUCGCGCAGCGGCCAUCUACCUUCAUUUCACUCAUUUCACGAAAAGCCUAUG